UCAAUAUUUACUGCAACAAAUUCAGCAAUUUGGGAUUAUUGUACCACCCCAGAUCAAGAAGACCAUAUCCAGAUUUUUGGACCAUUCUAAUCUAGAAAUCUAGAUUUCUAGAUCUAGAAUCUAGAUUUAAUCUAGACUAGACCUAGAGUAUUCUAGAGUCUAGAUCUUCAAAAUUAAGGCUUGGCGGUUGUAAAAUGCAGUCAAAGCCAACAGCCGACCCCACACCCUCUCACAAUGAUGACGAUUCAGACAUCAACAUCGAUGACGUCACCGAUGACGAAAGCUGUGACGUAGACGAUCGAUUAUCCCCCUCCAGCAGGGAUUCGAACUCCAAAUCGGAGGACGAGGACGGCGGUGACGCGCGAGCCUGCCACAAGGACUUGAAGGCUGGCUUUAAACAGGACGAUUGCUUGCAGGCGGCGACGUUACAAAACUCGCCGUUAAAAACGGACAUUCCCGAAGAUGACGUCACCACGUGUCAUGGACGUGAAGACCGACUGGUAGACUACCCGAGGACAGUGCCAGACUACCGGCACUUCGAGGCUCAGUUGAGGGAGGAGCGGUUACGUCACUCCACGUUCAUGGGUCAAGGUCACUGGACGGAGCUGUUGAACCAGCACCGACCACUUCACCCCCCACCCUUCGUGGUGCCUGGCCUGGCAGCGCCGGUCUCUCAGCGUCACGUGGUUUCCGUUGGUGGACACCACCACGAUCUAGGUCAGCGCUGUACUAGCCCGGAUGUAGCUCACCCUCAUGACAGUUUCACGGGCAGGGGUGGUCACGGCGGGCAGGAAACUGUGGACAACAGCAGACGUGAUGCAGGACUGGAACACUUACAUUCCCAGGGUAGCCUCCAGAUUUCAUCACCCCCGGGCCUGGGGGUGGGGACCCACAUCUCAGCCUUCUCAAAGACCAACGGCAGGAACUCGCCCCGCUCCCCCGCCUACCAGGACAGGUCAUUCUCCCACGCUGGCGUGUACCCACCUCUGAGGGAAAGUUCCCCACCCUCCCCGUCCCACGCCCACCACCACGCUGGCGUGUACCCACCCGUCAGGGAAAGGUCCCCACCCUCCCCGUCCCACGCCCACCAACAUACUGGCGUGUACCCACCCGUGAGGGAAAGGUCUUCACCCUCCCCGUCCCACGUCCACCACCACGCUGGCGUGUACCCACCCGUGAGGGAAAGGUCCCCACCCUCCCCGUCCCACGCCCACCACCACGCCAGCCAACCUUGGGAGCACAGACCACAUAAGAAAUUACGCACCAUAGAGGAGACGGUGACGUCAAAACAAGAUCCAAGCGACAUGUACCGACGUGACGUCACCGGCACGGCAGAUGAGAUACGCGACAUGACGUCACCUGGCCCCGCGUCAUCACCUGGAUCUCAGUUUAAUUACCUAAGAGAUUCCCCCACCGACAACCAGUCACGGCGCUACAGGACAGCCUUCACCAAGGACCAGAUCACCAAGCUCGAGCAGGAGUUCUCUAAGGAAAACUACAUAUCCCGCCCUAAGAGAUGCGAACUGGCGGCCUCCAUGAACCUUCCAGAGAGCACUAUCAAGGUGUGGUUCCAGAACAGACGCAUGAAAGACAAGCGGCAGAGACUGUCCCUAACCUGGCCGUACGGGAUAGCACCGGACCACCACCUGUACGCCUACCUCGCUGCGGCCGCGUCGGCUUCGUUCCCGCACGGUCCCCCGGGGUCGAGUCAACUGCCCAGUCAACCCGCCAGUCUUCUCUCUCUACUGUACCCCCGGGGCGCCCCCUACGUCAGCCCCGCCUACCAAAUGCCUCCAAUUUUCCCCUUUACUCCAGGAGACGCCCCAGGUGCCUCAAGUUUUUUAAAAUCCCAUAUCCCAGAACACGAACUGGCUUUCCACCCCGAGAAGCGAGCCAGUUUUGAUGACGUCAUGUUCAGGAAACCGUUACCCAGAAUUCCAGUGAACCCUUCAGGCGGGACUCCCCCCUUCCCAUUCAUGCUGCCAAUGUUUCCUUUCGGCAUCGACUGAGUUCCCGCAUCAUCCGGGGACAAACUGUCUAAAGCUGGACAUUGGGCCCGUGUAUCGUACCAACUCUCUAUCGCUGGACAUUGGGCCCGUGUGUCGUACCAACUCUCUAUCGCUGGACAUUGGGCCCGU